GCGGAAGUAGUUCUAGAUCAGCUGAGUUUGUUUUGGUCCUAGCAGAGAGCUAGCUGUUAAUUUAUUUGUGUUUCUGCGAUAAACAUUUUCUGUGACCACUAAGGGAAAUGAAGAAGCUUUUUGAUGGCAUUAAGAAAGACAUGAAGUUUAAAACGGCGGGACCUGGGAAGAAACUAACUGACGACACAAGUACCAAGCCUGAUGUGGUGCAGAGCGGCUCCGGUGCCAGGUCGAAUCGCCAUGGUCCCAGUGAAGGGUCCCAGAGGGCUGGAGCCGCCGCCCUGGCUAGAAUUGAACAGAUUCCCCGGCCAAAGGUCGGCACCUCGCAGGAUGCCAUCAGGAACCAGGUCAAGAGAGAACUGGAGGCGGCGUCACUGGCUGAAAAAGACAAGGCAGAAUCAGAGGAGAGAUCCAAAGUGCCAGUGAUAGCUCCCGCCUGUCUCUCAGUGUCAGGUGUGUAUUUCACCUGUCCGCUAACCGGAGCCACUCUAGCUAAGAGUGAGAGGGAAGUACACAUUAAAGAGGCCAUUUUAAUGCGGUUUGAGGAGGAUCCCGUGGAGGCCUCUGUUAUGAUGAUCCACACAUUUAACAAAGACAGAGACAGAGUAAAGGCUGCUAUCGACAUUAUGAGCAAGUAUAUUGAAAAUAUAUGUAAGAAUCCCACUGAGGAGAAAUACAGGAAGAUUAAACUCGGCAACAAGGUGUACCAGGAGAAAGUUUGUUCUGUGGAGGGCACUAGAGAGUUCCUGGAGGCCCUGGGCUUCACAAGCAUUAUGCUUUCUGUAGAGGGGAAAGGUAAGUGAGUCCUGAUGCUCAUGA